AUGUUCAAAGGCAACCGAUUGAAAGGGGUGAGUAACCCAUUUAAGUCCUCUUCUUCGACCUCUCCUGCGACCUCUCCAGUCCUAAAGAGCAGCGAAAGUAAGUUGCACAACCCAUUCAAGUCAUCUCCAGCAAGUCGUCAGGACUCUACAUUCAAGGCUGUAAGCCAGACAUUUAAGUCCGCUGAUUCGAAGUUGUUUGAUCCUAGAGAUAUUCAAAUAAAUGGGGUAAACGGAAGAAUUGUCUGCAGUGCAUUUGAUUUCUCCCAAAGUUUGUUAGCUGUAGCUACAGAUACAGGAGAUAUACAUGUUUUUGGUCAGAAACAAACAGACGUAGUGUUUAAUUUUGGUAGUAAGAUCCCUAUUUCCCAUUUGAAAUUUGUUAAGGGUAUAUAUCUUGUAGCCAUUGAUUCUAAGGAUUCUAUUAUGAUAAUCUCGUUAUAUUCGAAAACAUUAUUGACUACUGUCUUCCCACCUAGCAAAAUUACAUGUGUAGAAUGUGACCCUUCGUUAGACUGGAUUAUAUUAGGUCUACAAAGUGGUACAAUCGUCAUUUAUGAUGUUGAUCGUGAUGUAAUGUCUGAUAUUUCCAUUGAAAAUCUUCAAAAGAGCUAUUACUUCCCAAAAGAACGUCUGUCACCAGUGAUUUCAAUAAAUUGGAACCCAAGGGACGUUGGUACGUUAUUAAUUUCAUAUGGGCAUGUCACAGUUACCUAUUCUUUGCUUGAUAUGGAAGUGGUAAAAGACUUCAUCUAUAAACUGCCACCAUACGCCCCAGGUGGUGAUGCAUCUGCCAGAGAUAUUGAUAGAGAAAGAAUACCCAGGGUUAUGCAGUCACUUUACCAUCCAAAUUCAUUGCAUAUACUUACUGUGCACGAAGAUAAUUCUUUAGUAUUCUGGGACGCUAAUACGGGCAAACUAAUAGGUGCGAGGACAUUAUUCGAUACCGAUGUUAAUUUACCACAAAACGAUGCGGAGCUAAUGAAUUUUGCCAGUGACACAUCCAAUAUUACAAAUGUCUCAUGGAUUUGUCAAAAUAAUGCAGAACACACUGCUCUAAUAAUUGCGACAAGGUCAGAAAGGGAUAAUACACAAGGUCUGACUAUAAUCGAACUUGGCGGUACGCCGUUAUAUAGUAUCACUUCCUAUGAUCAAAUGAAAAAAUACUACUUCAACCCUAAACAACAGAAAAUAUCACUCUUAGUUGAUAAAUCGAAGUUAUUAAAAGUUAUGCCAAUUCCUAAAGCGUCUCCUUAUUUUGGAGGAUGCCAUGAUCCAACAUUUAUAUUACUACUUUUCGAAAGUGGUGAACUGGAGACUAUGUUAUAUCCUUCCGCUUCCUUCACGUCGAAAUCCUCUUUAUUCCCUCCUUGCCUAUCUUGGGCUACACCCCUUGUUUCAAACUCGAUGGCUCUUUCAGUACCAUCUAAAUUAUGGCUAGGUAUGAUGUCAGCAGCAGCAGUCAAAGAAGGCAUAGUAAAAGGAGGUUCUCCAGCUAAAAAACCAAUGAGAACACAAACUACUAGAAGUGCGUUGUUAACUGGACACAGUAAUGGAUCAGUUAGAAUAUGUGAUGCUUCAUCUAAAGAAUUGGAUGACAACGCAAUGUUCGAAAUCAAUAUUGGAAGAAUAUUGAAUCGUGCAUAUAAUAUUUCUAUUGGUGAAAUGUCCUUAGCACCAGAAACUUUAGAACUUGCAGUAGCAAGUGAACUUGGUGGAGAAGUUGUAUUGUUCAAAUUUGAGGUAAAUAAGUUUUACAACGAUAAAAAUGUAACGGACAACCUAAAUCUAAAACUCUCUAGGUUCUCCAUAAAUGAUAUUAAUGAUACCAUAAUAGAUGUAAGAGACAGAGCGCCUCAUAAUGUUAAGCAAGGGUUUAUGCCAAACUGUAUCGUAAAUGCCAAGCAAGGUACUGUCACUGCCUUAAAGAACAGUAAUAUUGGGUUUGUGGGUAUUGCAUAUUCUACGGGUACUGUACUGUUGCUUGAUAGAAGGGGACCUGCUGUAAUUUACAUGGAAAAUUUGAGAAAUAUCUCUAGAAUUAGAAGUUUACAGGUAACUUCAAUAGAGUUUAGCAUAAUGGAAUAUGGAGAAGAUGGUUACUCCAGUAUUCUCAUGUUGUGUGGUACUGAUGUCGGUGAGCUCCUCAUUUAUAAAAUAUUGCCUGAGAGAAAUGGUAGGUUUUGUGUUGAGUUCAUUGAAGCAACAAGAACUAAUAACGAUAGUCCAAUAAUUAAGAUUGAGGCAUUUGCUAAAGAGUCUGGAUAUUCUUGCGAGGCCAAUAUUUUGAAAAUGCAAGAGCUAAGCAAAGGAAUUCCAAUUCCAGGUUACGUUAUAACGACAGCUAGAAAUGACGUACGGUUGACAAAAUUGGGUAGGUCAAAGGUAUCGCAUAAAACAUUUAAAUAUCCAGCUGUUGCAUCGAGUUUAAUGUAUAUACCAGGGAGCUCUGAAAGAAAAACACUGAUGCCAUAUUUUGGUGUUUUAUUGAGCAACGGUGGUGUUAAAGUAUAUUCAAUUCCUGAUGUGAGAGAGGUCAAGGCCAUGCAGUUACCAACACAGAUACAUUCAAAAUACAUUAGAGAGUCUUCUUUCCUUAAGAAUGGGGAUAUUUACACUAGAACUAACACAUUCAAGUCAAUCCUGCUAAGUGUGGUUAACGAUGCAACCAAUGUGGGUAGUAAUCCCAGAGAUCAAACACCCGACACAUUGUAUAAUCCAAACUUAAAGAUCCCAUAUAGACCACAGGUUAACUCAUUACAAUGGGCUAGAGGCACAGUAUACUGUACACCUGCUCAGUUGGACAUGAUUUUAGGUGGCGAGAGAAGAGCAGAGUCUAAGUAUAAGGAAAGUCUGAUCGCUAGGGGUACUCUUACUUUGAAACCUAAGGGUGAUAAAAAUGGCAUUGAAGAGCCAUACAAGAAACCUAUCAGACACACCAGUCCUAGAACUGGAGCAUAUGGUGUUUUCAAAAAUGUAUCUAGAACCGUGGAGACUACAUGGGACUCUUUGGAGACACAAAUGAAUGAUUACGCCACGGCAAUGGGCCAGAGUAUGAAUGAUAUGAUGGAGGAGACUGGUAAAGAUAUCGUAAAAGGUUCAUUAGGUAUAUAA